CGCUAUACGCAACUCGCGCGAUUAUUACGCGUACUUUGUAUUUCAUAUUAAUCACAUUGUUAUAAAGUAAUAAAUUAAGUGUGUUUUGAUAAAAUCAGCGUUUAUUUCUUUAUUAAUCACCAGAAUAAUAUUUUAUCAAAACUUUGGAAAUUGUGGAAACAUUGGAAUAAACUCGACACUGGUUAGAUAUCAUCAUGAGCAGUUCCGAAGGCAGUACUUCAACACCCAACGAGGGUUUACCAAGCGCAACACUGACGUAUCUUACGUCCAGCAUAGAUGACCUCUUCGACGCCAACAUCGAUAUCAAUGCUGGAAUCAAACCAUCCGGUUUGACUAUCCUCGCCAAGGCCGAUGUGGAGAGCCUCAUCAAGUCGCGUAACGCCAUGGCUGCUCAGUUGAGGGAAGAACGCGUGACCACGCAUUCACUACGCAUGGGCUCCACCCAAUCCCUAUCUUCGUCAACAGAACCAAGUUUUAGACAGGUAGAGAAAUUGUACGAUUCAUUGCUGACGGUCACCAAUGAAAAGUCGUCGUUGACAGACCAAUUGGCCAAAACCAAAGAAGAAUUGCGUCACUGCAAAUAACAAGUGGACAAAUUACAAACGAAAGGAGAAAAGCUACAAGACAAAUAUGAAGCGCUACAAGAGGAUUACGAUUACGCGGCCUACGAUGCAAAGCUGGCCAAACGAUACAAAGAUCUAUUCCGAGAAACUUUGUCAGAUGUUUAUCGCGCAGUAGCAGAAUUACGUGAACCGCAACUACGCCCAAGGGCAGAACAAGGAUGCCUGAACUGCGGGACUCCAGGCCAUAGUUACAGGUCGUGCACGAAGCCCUAUUCUGGUAAAUUCUGCCAAAAGUGCGCACAUCCCGAUUUUUCGACAAGCGAAUGUCCUUGGCCUCAUUUCGUAAAUGGACCACCUGGGAUACCAGAGCACCUCAGAUGCAAGAGAUGCUGGGGACCACUCAACGCUCCAGAGCCUUGCGCCUUGAGCAGCAAUCUUCGUCAUCCACUGCCAAAAAAGCAAUAGGCCCACCUGGAAGUAGCAGGACACGAUCAAUUCCUCCACAAACCCCCCAAGUGGUUGGAGGAUUACAACGCGCAACUGAAUCAAACGCAUCUGAGUUCGAGAUAAACUAUUGUUACCCGGCUGACUACGCUCUCCACAAAGCCCUUAAUGAGGACAAGGAGGAACCGAUUAACGAUGGUGACGAAAAUCCGGCCGUCCACAAUCAGGAAUCGACCGAUACCCCGCAAGAAUAGUGCGUCUCAAUGUCCAAACAACUAAAAGUUGUUAAUUGCGCCGUUGCGCAUUGAUCUGUGUGUUUUCUUUUUUUCUAAAUAAAUAAAUAAUUUCUUUCCUCUCGCGCCGUUGCGCGUUAUAUAUAAUACAUUGUUUUCUUUUUUUGGUUACUAUAAAUGCGCCGUCGCGUAUUAACAUUAUUAUAUUUUUAGUUAUUUCAUUGCGCCGUUGUGCGCCAAUAGUAUUAUAUUUUUGUUUGUGUUUCACAUACGCGGUAAUACGCCAUCAAAGACUGAGGUUAUCGCAUUAUUCCAAAUGUUAAGAAUAAACCUCGUAAUAUAUUAUAGUACAUUAAAUAACACGUUUGUAAUUGGUCUAUCGAC